AUGAAGCCAUUAACAAUACCACGACUGGAGCUGAACGCCGCACUGUUACUCGCCCGGUGCAUCAAGCGAAUUUUAGAUCCUCAUCUCAAGAUUGUUGGGACUUCCAGCUGGACCGACUCGAUGAUAGUCCUAUCCUGGUUAAUGGUCCCUCAUACUUCAUUCAAGGUGUAUGUGUCCAAUCGUAUCCAUCAGAUCCGCACCAUAGUGCCUGAUUGUAAGUGGAGCCAUAUUGAGUCGACAAACAAUCCUGCCGAUUGUGCCUCAAGAGGUGUAAUGCCUUCAGAACUCACCAAGCUAUCCCUCUAUUGGCAAGGUCCUGUAAUUCUUCGGGCCAAUCCAUCUACGUGGAUGAAUCUCGUAGCACCCAUGCCAUUGUGCAGCUUACCUGAAGUGUCACCAGUAUCCUUCACAACUCGAAUCGACCCGCACGACUGUUUAGAAGAAUGGUUCAACCGUUUUUCAUCAUGUGACCGCAUGAUUCGCGUCACCACCAUAAUGCACCGUUUCAUCAACCGGUGCCGUCGUUGCGUUCUUGAACCACAUCCAACGAAGUGUCUGAGUCUAGUUGAGGUCGACUGUGCAACUCGCAGUAUUAUCAGAGAGUCUCAACGUAUUUACUUAUCUGACCUAUUACGUGAGCUAUCAACUGGGACGAGGGUAUCGUCAAAGCCGUUGGCUCGUUUAGCUCCGUUCGUCGAUGAUGUUGGAAUCAUCCGAGUUGGUGGUCGCCUUCGUCAUUCCACCCUAUCGUACGAGUGUAAAUACCCAAUAUUAAUUGCCAAACAUCCCCAUCUAGCGCUAUUGAUUUGUCGUCGGUGGCAUCGUCUAACGUGCCACUCCGGCCCCCGUGUCAUGAUAUCACUUAUCUUACGCCAAUACUGGAUCAUCGCCAUCCGCUCGGUUGUACAUGAAGUGGUGACAAAAUGUUAUGCAUGUGUACGUUUAGCUGCAAAACCUCCUCAACCUUUGAUGGCGGACCUUCCUGCUGCACGCGUGCAACAAGUCCGUCCAUUCGAUUGA